AUUGAAAACGCUGCUCCGGACGGGCCGCUUCUACCCCACCAAGGACAUGGUCCGCCUUUACAAAUGCCACGUGCUUUCUUCCAUCGAAGGUGCUACCAGCGCGAUCUUCCACGCCAGAAACGCGGUCCUGAAGAUGAUUGACGACAUCCAGACUGAAUUCCUUGACUUUGUGUCUCUGACAGACGAGGUGGACAUCGUGGAGUGGGUGCGACUCCGCCUGCCACGGCAUGCGCGAGCGGUCGCGGCGGGUCAAGGCAUACGGCAGCGGCGACGGCGCCUUCUGCCAAGGUGCGCUGGUGGAGAGCGUGCCCUGCAACCCGCUGGUGGGCGAGAAGGCCCCGGCGGAGUGCCAGAAGGAGCUGGCGCGGGACUGCCAGCUGGGGAGCUGGGGCGCAUGGAGCGAGUGCAGCGCCACCUGCGGAGGCGGCGAGCGCCUGCGGGGGCGCAACAUCACGCAGCGGCCCGUGAACGGCGGGGCGGCGUGCGAGGGGCCGCUCAAGCAGGCGCUGGCCUGCGGGCCUCGUCCUCGUCGUCUCGUCGUCCUCGCCGUCCUCGCCUCGCCUCCUCGCCCCGGACCCCCAGCGCACUGA